GAGAUGACAGAAGGAGAUCAUUCCACAGUGAUGGAGUUUAUUCUUGUUGGGAUACCAGAGAAAUCACAACUCAAGAUUCCUCUCUUCCUCUUCUUUCAAGCAAUAUACAUGUUCACUCUGGUGGGGAACCUGAGCAUGAUCACCUUGAGUGGGCUCAGUUCUCACCUGCACAUCCCCAUGUACUAUCUUGUCAGCAGUCUGUCCUUCAGUGACCUCUGCCAUUCCACUGUCAUUACCCCCAAGAUGCUGGUGAACUUUGUGAUGGAGAAGAAUGUCAUCUUCUACUCCAAGUAUGUGACUCAACUAUACUUCUUCCUUGUUCUUGGUAUCUCAGAGUGUCACAUGCUGGCUGCCAUGGCUUAUGACAGCUAUGUCACUAUCUGUAAGCCCUUACUUUACAAUGUUACCAUGUCUUCUCGAGUCUGUUGCUGGAUGGUAGCUGGGGUGUACAGCAUGGGUUUAGUUGGUGCCGCAACUCACACACUGUGCAUGCUGAGGGUGCUUUUCUGCAAGGCAAAUGUCAUAAACCAUUUCUUCUGUGACCUUUACCCACUACUGGAGCUCUCCUGUUCCAGUACUUUUAUCAAUGAGGUAGUGGUUCUGAGCUUCAGUGCACUUAAUAUUCUUCUUCCAACUCUGAGUAUAUUUGCAUCCUAUAUCUUCAUCAUAGGCAGCAUCCUCCACAUUCGCUCCACUACCGGAAGGUCCAAAGCCUUCAGCACUUGCAGCUCCCACAUCUUGGCUGUUUCUGUCUUCUUUGGCUCUCUAGUAUUCAUGCACCUGCAGCCCUCAUCAGUCAGCUCCAUGGACCAAAGGAAAGUGUCCUCUUUGUUUUACACUAUUAUUGUCCCGAUGCUGAAUCCCCUCAUCUACAGUCUGAGGAAUAAGGAUGUGAAUGUUGCCCUUAAGAAGUUCUUUGGAAAAAAGAAAGUUCUUAUGAAGAAGUUUUUACUUCAGUAA